UCUCUCUCUCUAUCUAUCGCGCACACAGACACGCAGAGUCACAGGUAGAAGAAGAAGGAAGAAGAAGAAGAAGAAGAAGAAGGAAGGGAGAUGGCGCAAGCAGCGAGGCUGAGCCUCCGGAUGCAGAAGGAGCUGAAGCUCCUCCUCGCCGACCCUCCUCCCCGCGCUUCCUUCCCCUUCCUCUCCCCGACCUCCUCCUCCGACCACCACCUCUCCUCCCUCUCCACCAUCCUCGCCCGUAAGCCCCACCCCCGCGCCUCUUCCCCUCUUGCCGCCCUUCAUUUUUCUGUUGUUUUGCCCACUGUAUCAACGCUGAUCGUGCCGGGUUGUUGUUGUUGUUGGUUUCCAGAAAUCGAAGGCCCCGAAGGGUCGGUGUACGCCGACGGCGUCUUCAAGAUCAAGAUCCAGAUUCCCGAGCGCUACCCAUUUCAGCCUCCGGGCGUGACCUUUCAGACGCCGAUCUACCACCCCAACAUCGACACCGGAGGCAGGAUCUGCCUCGACAUUCUCAACCUUCCGCCGAAAGGGGCAUGGCAACCAUCACUGAACAUUUCAACUGUAUUAACAAGUAUUGGGUUGUUACUCAGUGAGCCAAAUCCAGAUGAUGGUCUUAUGUGUGACGCGAGCAGGGAAUACAAGUAUAACAGACAAGCUUUUGAUGAGAAGGCAAGAUACAUGACUCAGAAAUAUGCCAAGGCUGGAGCUAGUGGAAGUAUCUGUGACAAUCCAUCCAUGGAACUAAAUUCCAGUCCAAGCUCGAUGGAAGGUGACCGGAGUAUGAAGGAAACUCAAGAUAGAGUCAAUGAAUUUGAACCUGUCAAAAAGAACCUAAGUGGAUUCACUAGGAAGCUCUCAUUGAUAUGCUCAAGCUCAAACCAGAGAAAAGAUGGUGAUGGGGAAGUGAAUGAUAAGUGUAAUCCCUGGGAGUCUGCCUCUAAUAAUGAGAACUGUUUGGAUGUUGACAAAACAAGAGAUGAGCAAGCCGUCCGAGAAGGAAGCAAUCACCAAACUCCGGAUGGAAUGGGCCUGAUCCCAUUGUUAGCACUACGAGAAGAUGUACUCCGGGACAAUCACGACCGUGACAAGGAGGGUGUGGCGCCUCACUACCAGUCAUUAAGCCCUCAUUCGCUUCUUAGGACUUCAGAUUCUUUUGUGGUGCAGUCUCAGAAGCAUCUAGAUCAAUCUAAUACUUCAGAAAAGGAGAUUGUGGAUUGUACUUUGGAGAAGCCAUUUAGUGAGCAAAUGCAUCCAUCCACAGCUUCAGGUUCGUGCCAGUUAGUCAGUGGUAUCGAAGCAGAGAUGCUCAAGAUGCCUCGGUUAUUGCCCUCAAUUGUCCUUGAUAAUUCAUUAAAAGGUUCUACUGAAAUGCCUCGAAAAGGUAGGCAAGCUGAAGUGGACUCACAGAAUGAUUUGAGUGGCGAUAAUUGUGAUGGCUCUGCCGGUACGAAACGUAAGAAGCUGUGCCUUGGUGGGAGGCAGCUUUCUCUCGGACUCAAGGGCUCAUACCAGAAAGGAGACGCAGAAGCUAAAGAGAAUUUUGGUCCAACUGGCAAAGUAGAGCUUUCAGGACCCCAUGACCCUUCUAUGAAAAGUGUAGCAGGGCAGAAGUCAUCGUUAGGUCCUCUAGCUCAACCGCGGGAGAGUGACAAGCGUAAUAGUCAGUUCUCUUGCUCUACGGCUGUCUCUAAAGACUGUUUCGACUCAAAGCCCGUGAAGCCAGACCAUGGUCGAAGAAUGAAGCGGUUAGGUCGAGAUCGAAAUGUGAAAUAUGCCGAGGAAAUUAACGAGAAGGGGCCAAAAGAAUUGCCCACACCAGAUUCAGUGAUCGUGUUGGAUAGCGAAGAUAGCGAGGAUGAAGGGAAAGCAUCAUUGAUGGGUAAAUCCGUGUUAGCACGAAAGCGCAUUGCCAAAGCUAAACUCAGGGCAUAGCAAGCUGCAUGGUUCUUACGCAGGACAGUGACCCGUCGUUGUUUCUUGUGUUCUGAUGGUAGUCUGGAAAGUUUUGACAGGCUAAGAGGCCGCUACACUACAGAGACUAAAAAAGGAUUUAGGCUUUACUACAGAAGAGGCACAGAAGGAGAAAUGUAUGUUUAUAUAUGUCGGAACAGAGUCUAUGACUACUAUUUGCACCAUCUCUGAUGCUAGUUGCUAAUUCAGAAUAGUUCUCAUC